UGUACAGCAAGUCUGCCAAGAUGAUGGUUCAUCUGGUGACUUGAAUUGUAUCCUAUUUUGGAUUAAACUUCCAAGAAAAAUGAAAGGCUUUCCCAGAAAAUUAGAGAGAGAGAAAGAGAGAGAUAGAGAGAGAGUUUUCAUCAUUUCCCAACGUCAUAUGGUGAAGCCUCUUUAAAACUUUCUAAACCUGUAAUCCUAUAACCAUUAUCUUAGACACAGUUUUGAUGGAAAACCCAGUUCAGCAUCCUUAUCAUCUUCUUUUUGUACUGUUUUUUUUGUCACUCUUUCAUCAUUCAAGCCAGCAGCUGCAACCCUCUCAAUCUCAUUCUCAGUCUCUUCCGCUAAUUCAGCAGCUUCUUAACUACCCAUCACUCCUUGGCAAUGGCAGCUUUAACAUUUCCACAGAUUUCUGCAAUAUUGGACCAACUUCAUCUCUAACUCUGGUGUGCUAUGAAGAUAACAUAACCCAGCUUCACAUUGUAGGAAACAGUGGGCUUCCUCUGCUUCAAAAUAUCUCCACUGAAGCUUUCUUUGACUCUCUUGUUACUUUAUCUAGCUUGAAGGUCCUGUCUCUGGUUUCUCUUGGCUUAUGGGGCCCAUUGCCUGCAACUAUUGGUCAGUUAUCUUCACUGGAAAUACUUAAUGUAAGUUCAAAUCACUUCACUGGUGCCAUUCCAGAGCAACUUUCAUCUUUGAUGAGCCUUCAAACACUUGUGUUAGACCAUAACAGGUUUACCGGCCAAGUUCCUGGUUGGCUAAGUUCACUUCCUCUUCUGGCUGUAUUGAGCUUGAAGAACAAUUCACUUAUUGGGUCUCUGCCGAAUACGAUGAAUAGCAUGGAAAAUCUUCGAAUUUUUUCGGUUUCUAAGAAUCAUUUGUCUGGAGAAGUGCCUGACCUUCAUAACUUGACAAACCUUCAAGUUCUUGAUUUAGAGGGCAAUUAUUUUGGGCCUCAUUUUCCAAAUUUGAACAGCAGGUUACUGACUAUUAUGCUCAGAAAUAAUAGCUUUCAGUUUGGCAUCCCUUCUGAAUUGAUCUCCUACUAUCAACUUCAAAGGCUUGACAUUUCCAUGAAUGGAUUUGUAGGACCCUUUCUUCCAUCAUUACUGUCCCUCCCUUCCAUAAAUUACAUCAAUAUUUCACAGAACAAAUUCACAGGACUUCUCUUUCAAAACAUGUCCUGCAAUUCUGAUCUUUCCUCUGUAGAUUUAUCCUCAAAUCUUUUAAGUGGAGACUUGCCUACCUGCCUUAAAUCUAGCUCCAAGACCAGGGUUGUCUUGUAUGCUAGAAAUUGCUUGUCCUGCCAAGAACAAGAGCAGCAUCCCUCUAAUUUCUGCAACAAUGAAGCACUAGCUGUGAAGCCUCAUGAUAAGGAGAAGCACAAUAGGCCUCAUGGCAAAGGAGUUCCUGCAUCAAGCACAAUAGGAUGGACUAUUGGAGGGAUUGCAAUUGUUGGUCUGGUUUUCUUGGUUAUCAGAAGAGUGCCUAGUUUUAGACAUAUUGUGAAAAAGCCUAAAGCAAGGCUAAUUAUGGCGAACGUGUCAACUGUAAACACAGUAAAGCUGAUUUCAGACGCAAGGCACAUAUCGCAAACAAUGAAGCUGGGAGCUAGCCUUCCUGCCUACCGUGCCUUUGCUUUGGAGGAGCUUAAGGAGGCUACAAAUAAUUUUGAUGACUCAAAUUUACUGGGUGAUGGUUCACAUAAUAAGAUUUACAAGGGAAAGCUCAGUGAUGGAAAUCUUGUAGCUGUUAGAAGCUUGACAGUGAAGAAAAAGCACAGCCAGCAGACCAUUACUCACCAUAUUGAGUUGAUCUCCAAACUCAGGCAUAACCAUUUGGUCAGUGCUCUUGGACACUGCUUCGACUCCUGCCAGGAUGAUUCAAGCAUCAGCAGAAUAUUUCUUAUUUUCGAGUUUGUUCCCAAUGGGACACUAAGAGAAUACACCUCUGGACUUCCAGGGAAAAAGAUGACUUGGAAAAAAAGAAUUGGAGCUGCUAUUGGAGUUACAAAGGGUAUUCAGUUCCUGCAUACUGGGGUUGUCCCUGGUGUAUAUUCUAACAAUCUGAAGAUAACAGAUGUUCUAUUGGAUCAUGAUCUUCAUGUAAAAAUCGGCAGUUUUUACCUGCCAUUGUUAGCCGAAAGUAAUGGAAUGGUGGGAACUGUAUUUUCAUCUCCAGGACUAAAACAAAGAAUUUUGACAAGGGAAAAUGAUGAUGAUAAGAAAGAAGUGUAUGACUUGGGAGUAAUCUUAGUUGAAAUCAUUGUUGGGAGGCCAAUCAUGUCCAAUGAUGAAGUAUCUGUUGUAAAAGAUCUACUCCAAGUAAGCAUAGCAAUUGACCAUAAAGCUCGAAGGAGCAUUGUUGAUCCAGCAGUUGCCAAGGAAUGUGGAGAAGAAUCAUUGAAGAUAAUGAUGGAAAUAUGCAUUAGAUGUUUGGCAGACGAGCAAUCUGAUAGGCCAUCGAUUGAGGAUGUUCUGUGGAACCUGCAGUUUGCAGCUCAAGUUGAGGAAUCACGCAAAGGAGAUCAUUCGCACAACAGCCAAGAAUCAGAUAUCUCAUGUGCCCAAGUUUAACAAUCUAGACGUGGAUCUGCCACCGAUGAGAUUCAAAUCGAGCACCAAGAGGCGGAACUAGAGCUUUAAAAUUGGAGAGCCAAACAUAUAUUUAGAAUGAACAAAAAUUGUUUAUGGUAUUGGGGUUGUAUGAAAAUUUAUGAGUUUUGGAAGGGCAAAACUAUUUUUUCACAAAGCAUUAUAUAAAAUGUGUGGAAAAAAAAUAAUAUAAAUUUUCAAAGUUGGGAGUCA